AUGUAUAUGGGCACAAAUGGCCAACGAGUUAAUCGUUCAAAUAAACUCUCAAAUCUGUACAAAAGCUUAGACAACGAGGACUUUCUAAGAAUGCAAGCACUGGUGAGAGAGCACCAGCCCUUAGAUUUUGGCCCGUCGUGGCCUGACUUUAAUCCCACCGCAAGUGUAUUACAAGCGAUACAGAGUGUCGGCCGGAAUGAGCACUUGGAUGGCGCGCAUACAAUGACAGGUGACUGUCGGGGCGAACCCCGACUCCGGGCGGCUUUGAGCCAACUUUUUUCGCCUUUAAUGAGACGGACGAUAGACGCGGACAACGAGAUUGUGGUGACGAGCGGUGCGCUACAGGCCUUGUAUUUGGCGGCCAAAAGUUUCCUAAAGCCCGGCGACGAAGUGAUACUUUUUGAGCCAUUUUACCACGAGUUUUAUGCGGCGCUUCAUGUAAUUCAAGCCUCGCCUGUGGCCGUACCUCUUAGCACAAGCGAUGGCCAAACGGCCCAACAAUCAAAUGAUUUAACGUACGAUAGGCAGCAAUUGGUGGCCGCCUUUACUAAUAGAACCAAAAUGUUUUACAUUAAUAAUCCUAAUAAUCCUACCGGAAAGACUUUCACUGAAGAGGAGCUGCUAUUUAUCGGACAGUUGUGCGAAAAACACGACGUGAUUAUACUGGCGGACGACGCCUACCAGUUUCACAACUACGGCGUUCAGCCGCACAUUAGAAUCGCAACUUUGCCGGGAAUGUGGAAACGGACGCUAACUGUGAGCUCAGGCGGGAAAGCGUUUUACCUAAACAGUUGGCGCUUGGGUUGGCUCAUCGGACCCGAAGAGCUGCUGCGGUCUAUACGCGUACGACUGUAUCACUCGAUCCAAUCGGUGCCGCGCGUCGGCCAACAGGUGCUGAGGGCUAUCAUUGAGACGGAAAACCAAAGGCUAAACACCAAUGACUCGUAUUUCAGUCGGUGUCCAAAGCAAGUGCUGGACAAAAGGGACCGCUUUAUAGCGGCCUUUGACGGUACGGGCGUUGAUGUAAUCAAACCAAACGCCGGUUACGUAUUGAUCGCUAACUUUUCAAACAAACUAUGGAUCAAUCCGGGACUAAACUAUUACAGCAAACAACACAAACAUUUGGCUGAAUAUGUGUUGAGUGAUUUUUAA